GCUUCUCCGUCCUGCUGGGUUGCGGAGGCAUAGUGGACAUUUCUCAUAGCAGGGAAUCUAUGCCGUCGACGGAGUAUUUUUUGCGAAAAACGAUUGUAUAUCGGCUUCCAAUCGCGCUAGGAAGGACCAAAGAGGAAUAGGGUGUUUGUAGUCCCUCACCAACUAGGUCAUCGCCGCCGGUUUGCCCCUGAUUGUGAGGAGUUUUGGUGUUUGAAGGGUGAGCGGGGCGGCCCAACACACGCAGUGCCAAUGGCCUACAACCAGCGGAAAGAAUUCUACGACCAGGAAGUGCCUUAUAUGUAUCCUCAGAGUGUUCCCAGUACAGAUCGUGAGGAUGACACACCUCCGGCAAAUGAUGGACAAAAACGCAAGGAACUUCAAGAUUCUGAAGAGCUGUUUCAAGAUUUGAGCCAACUCCAGGAGGCCUGGCUAGCUGAAGCAAGUUGUGUUGAAGACGAAGAACAGUUUGUGCCUGAUUUCCAAGCUGAGAACAUUUUGACAGCCCCUAUGAAGGUCAAGUCCGAGCCGCGCAGCCUUGAUGAGUGUCCCCGCCCCUGCUCACACAUGGUCCCGCCUGGCGAGAUGUCCAACCCGGACAAGUUCGACUUUGGCGAGCAGCUAUUCAUGGGAAACCCGUGCGAUCCCAAACUGCCUCCUCUACCACCAGCCCACCCACCUACCCCUAAACAGGAUGGCAUGUCUUACCCACCCAGUACCUCAAGUACAGGCUACCCACAUCCACCAGAACCACCCAGGUACCAGAGACAACUGUCGGAGCCUGCCUACAGAUUGGCAGAUCCUCAUGCCUUCCAGCGACAGGUGUCAGAUCCCAUGUUUCAUAGACAAGUUCCUGACCACAUGCAUUUCCAGCGAUCGGCGUCAGACACAGGUUUUCAGCCACCUCGUAGCGAGGGCCAGUCUCCAUUUCCGACCAACAUCAAGCAGGAGUUCCCUGAGCCCAUGUACAGUCGUGCCAUGGCUCCACCCUUCCCACCAUGUCCACCAAUCAAACAGGAGCCCAGAGACAUGGGAUAUGAUGGUGGACAAGCAGAAGUUCCAGUGUGGGACCCUUACCAGCGUCGGGACUCCAUGUAUGGUCCCCAGGCAGCCGCAGGUGAAGGCUUCCUUACUGAUAGCAACAUCAGGUCUUUCUAUGAUGACAGCUGCCUGCCAGACAAGUUAGCUGAAGCAGGGAAGGGUUCUAUCCGGUUGUCUGACAUGGCUCCACUGUGCAUCAGAAGACACUCUUUGAUGCAUGUACCUCUACUCAACAUGACCACCCAGUGCAGCAACUGUGGUAUGAAGCCAGAACUGUACCGAGAAGCUCCCACCUACCAGCGGCGGGGUUCUCUCCAGCUGUGGCAGUUCCUUGUGGCUUUACUGGAGGACCCGAGCAACACUCCCUUCAUCGCAUGGACAGGCAGAGGACUGGAGUUCAAACUUAUUGAACCAGAAGAGGUUGCCCGGCGCUGGGGCAUGCAGAAGAACAGACCAGCCAUGAACUAUGAUAAACUCAGCCGCUCCUUACGGUACUACUAUGAGAAAGGCAUCAUGCAGAAAGUGGCAGGGGAACGUUAUGUCUACAAGUUCACAUGUGACCCGGAGGCAUUGUUCUCCAUGGCAUUCCCUGACAAUCAGCGUCCAGUACUAAAAACAGACAGCCAGGUCCCACAGAUGAACCCACCACUGGUUGUGCCUACGGACUGCCCUGUGACGGGGGAUAACACCGUGCCUCUCAGGCACCUGGACGACAGUCUGGAGCAGAUGGCAUACAUGCAGGAGAUGCAGCGAGUCUGCACUUCUGCAUCUGACCAGGCACUGGAUAAUGCCAUUUUUUGAACAACCUCCACCUGUUAACAGUAUUACUGUAUAGUACACACAACAUUGCAGAACCUUGCAAUGCUGAGGUGAAACUAUCCUAUAGGAACACCAACAGAAAGGUCAAGAGAUGGUAACUUGACAGGAGGGUCUCACUGGAACAGUACUCACAGACUCUACAUCAUUGUAUGUCGUCUCUAGACUACAGGGCAGAUGAUCUGUAACAAGCUAGCAGAAUGUGGCCUGGAAUGAGCUGACUGCUUUUGUGUCAGAACCCCUGUAAAUAUGUGUGGCUUACUCAACUACCAUAAGGUAGAGCACCAAUGUGUGGAGUUGAGGACAUGUGAAUGUUUGACAUUAUGAUAAGAUGCUUGAAAAUUUGGCCUCUUACUGUACAGAAAUAAAGUAGUAUGUGAGAGAGAUGAAAUCUAUAUUUGAUUUCUAUAUUUGAUUGUACUUACAAAGGUUUCAAAAGAAAAGGCCUUCAACCAGAGUGCUUUGAAUCCUUUGAUACAAAUGAGUCUAGCAAGGUGGAGCCUUACAGAAAGAGUUGUAAAGUCUUGUACAUACAGAUAACAAACGUCUAGAUCUUACCAAGGUCCAGGGCAGUUAAGUUUGACUUUCACUAACAGUGAACUCCCAUUUAAUGUACAGUACUACUACUUGUCAACCUAUGACAUGUUUCAGGUACUGUGAAUGCUUUUUGUAAUCAGCUGAUUCUGUGUAGGUAAGAUGUUGCCAAAGCAGGUCUUUAUCAAAUUUUUGUUUUCAUCAAUGGCAGUAUGUCCAGAUUUAGACAUUAUUUGUAGGAAAAGACUUCUCACUCUGUUGAGAAGUAUACUGGCUUUGCACCCUCAAGUUGUUUUUAAGUGAAUUGGAAUUGUAUUAUGCGACAAUAAUGACUGCCAUGACUGAUGCAUCAGAAGAUGCAGUAGAUAGUAUUUGGUCCAUGCCGCCUGGCGUAUGGAGGUGUCAUUACGUGCUGUGCCUUUCUUCAAUGACGUUUACUCAACUGUAAGAAUUCAACACUGUCUACUUUGUCUAUGACGUCAUGUGACAAGGGCUUGUAAGAGCCAAAUCGUCUCAAUGAGGAUUUCCCUUUGAUGUUAAAAGAAAGAUGUUUUAUCAACAAUAUAGGAUAUUAAAGAAAACUACUGUAUAUUUCAUUGUAGAGGGAGCUAAAAACUCACAUAUUUUCUGCACCCAUCUAGUGUGAGAGUCUCAGUAUGUAUAUGUAUAUGUAACAUCUAUUGCAUAUAGAAGAAUCAUUGUAGUGUUCCAUAUAUACAAAUUUAAUUGAUUUGACUGUUCAGAGAUACAUGAAACUUGUAUUAUGAUUGGAACUGUCAUAUUUCAAUAAAGUUUGUAAAUACUGCAAAA